UUGAUYAAACACCACAGAAGAAGAUCCGUGUCCUUCACAAAAACAGCUAGCAUGGCUACUGCUACUAAAUUCAUUCAGAUGCUACGAAAUUUUUUAGCUGGGCAAAAUGUGCAAAGCAAACUGCAGCUGCGUUAUGAGGAAAUAUCAAAGAGGUCUCAGCCACCACCUAUUCUGCCGGUGGGCCCCAGCCACAAGUUUGCUAGCAACUACUAUUACACCCGAGACGGCCGCAGACAGGCAGGACCCCCCACAGUUGUAUGGCAUUCACAGAAAGCUAUAACUGCUGGCAGCCAAGUUGCUGAGAAACCCAACGUUCCAGUGACACCAGGACCUCUUUAUAAACCGCCGCCACUGUCCACGGACCAGCCGUACCUCUGAGCAGCAGCAAGAUAUUUCAGUGUUGGUUGUAACUUGUACAAUAAAAGUGUAAAUAAAAAUACAUGCCAUG